AAGUCGUGCAGAAAACAAUCCAGAAAGCCGACUCCUACAUCGCUUCCCUGGAAGAAGAACCCUGCAGGACGAAGGUGAACAAGACCAAAAUCAACACUAACCCUUCCCCCCAGUUCCCCUACCAUCAGCAGAGUCCUGAAAGUUUCAUGAAGAUGCUGGAAAAAGACGCUGAGGACAGGAGACGGAGGCGCUGCGCUAAUGAAAAGAAGGCGCUAGUGCUCAAAGAGAAGGGGAACCAAGCUUUUGCCCAGGAAGAUUAUGAAGCGGCCGUGAAGCACUACACCAAGGGCUUGGCCAAACUGAAGGACAUGCAGCAGUUGUACACCAACCGAGCACAGGCUUUCUACAAACUGGGGAAAUACAGAGAGGCCAUCAGUGACUGUGAUUGGGCGCUGAGGUGUGACGACAGGUGCAGCAAGGCUUACGUGCACAUGGGGAAAUCCUACCUGGAACUGAAGGACUAUAAAGAGUCCAGAAGUUGUUUCACAAAGAUCCUGGAAAUUGAACCCAAGAAGGAGAAAAUGGUUAGAGAGUACCUGACUCGUGUGGAUCUGGAGGAGGAGAGAGAGCUUCAGGAGGUGGAAGCGAGGCGAGAGUUUGACCAGGGUGAGGCAAAGGUCACGGCGGUGCCAAAACUUUUGGAGAAGCUGUCGAUGUCGGGACACAUCGUUCUCUACUACUGCGGAGGGAUUCAGAUUCUCUCAGAGGCGGUUCAGGACUCCACAGCCCAGACUCUCUUCAGACUGAGUAACGGCUUCAGGAUCAUCAGUGACAACAGCACAGUGAGGAGCUGUCUGGAGGAGAAGACCGAGGACAAGGACAGUCGGAGGUUGUUGGUGUCUGUCCUGAAGUUAUGGAGAGCUGUUUGUGAUGGAAACAGUGAAAACCAGAAGGUCUUACUGUCCUGCCCCGUCACCACGCAGGCUCUGGUGGAUCUGCUGGCGUCGGAGGAAGCUGCAGUACAGACAGAAUGUCUGUCACUUUUACAUGUGUUCUCACGGGGGCCACAUGGGAGACGUGUGGUCAUUGAACACUUGAACGUGUCCACGAUGGUGCGGAACAUUAUAACAGGUGUGUCAAAACCGUGGCAGCAGCGAGACUCCACUGCGGUUGAGGUUCUUGAGAACUUUGCAGCUGAAGACAAACUUUGCAUGCAGCUAAGAGACGUGUUGACGUACUGUGUCACCGAGCCAUUUACAUCGGUACUAAGGACUAUCACGGAGUCCAGUCGUCCUGUCUUCCCGUCACUGAUUUCGGCCAUCGACCGUCUGGCGCAAGAUGACAUCAUCCACCACAAACUGGCUCAUGACUCGGAGUUUUGGAAGACCCUACUGGUUGCCUUAAAGCAGUGCAGCAGCAGAGGGUUUAAAGAGGUGCUUUACUCCCUGCUGGGUCUCAUCAUCAACCUCUCAGGUGGAUCUUCUCCGGCUGUCCAGGACCGUGCUGUAGAACUCUGCGACUGCUGUCUGGGCUUGUUGAAGGACAGCGAUGGCGGGGUCAUAACUCAAGCCCUGGGCGUGCUGAGCACUGUCCUGCCACAGUCGUCUGAGGCCGUGAAGCGUGUGAUUCAGGCUAACGUGGUUCCGACCCUGUGUCGGAUGCUCAAGAGGCCAGGACAGAACGCUACCAAGUACGCCAUGAAGACUCUGACUGUGUGCACCGCAGCCAGUCGCUCAGCUCGAGAGGAGCUGCUGAGGUUUGAUAAAAAGUUGUCCGUUUUACGUCGACUGCUGGGGUCCAGCUGUGAUGUCAUGGUGGCGGGAAACGCCGCCCUGUGCUUGGGCCACUGUCUGGAGUUGGAAGGAGUCUCCAGCAGAUUAGUGGACACUGAUGUUGUGCUGCAGCUGCUGCGUCAUGCCGCAGGAGACGCAAAGGAGACGGCCGUGCAACAAAACGCAGCCAUCGCUCUGGGAAAGCUGUGUCGAUCUGAGCCUCGGUACCUGAACAGGCUACGGGAGCUGCACGGGUUUGAGAUCCUGCACUCGUGUGUGAAGCUCAUCACCUGAGCUGUUUGUAAAACAUUACCUGACAUGGACUGAAGUAAAAGUUAAUCAUAAAUAAAUAAUGAUAAUAAAUCUUAGACAUUUCUAGAACCCACUUUCUGAAACAUGUCCCUG